AGUAUCAUGUGCACAAACUAGUCAGCAUACCAAUCGUCUGCAGAUAGCAACGGCUGAGUGGCACCUCUGUCUGUCUCUGUAUUUGCCCUGCCCAUUGCGUACCCUGUUCAAGCUAUGGUUCAUGUGGUCCAAACAAGGACGAGAUGGUCACAUAUAUACUCGCAUUGGUCGACAUCGGAUCUCCUAUAUAUCCGGCUAGUCAACCAUGAUUGCUACAAGUCAUCUACUCCGUACUAUUAUACAACACUUGCACAUCUGCAACAAGAUAAAAUCACUUGUCUUCCACUGCGAGUGAGAACAAGCAGCUCCGGUUGUCUGGUCGACUGAUCACUGAUCAGAUUAGCCAUGGCCGUCGGCAUCGUCGCCGUUGAGGACGGCCAGGACCGCCGCUACGGUGGAAGGAUCACCGCCUUCGUCGUGCUGUCCUGCAUGACCGCCGGCAUGGGCGGUGUCAUCUUCGGCUACGACAUCGGGGUCGCAGGCGGCGUGUCGUCGAUGGAGCCGUUCCUGCGCAAGUUCUUCCCGGACGUGUACCGCCGGAUGCGCGGCGACACGCGGGUGAGCAACUACUGCAAGUUCGACAGCCAGCUGCUGACGGCGUUCACGUCGUCGCUGUACGUGGCGGGCCUGCUGACCACGUUCCUGGCGUCGCGGGUCACGGCGGGGCGCGGCAGGAAGGCGUCCAUGGUGCUGGGCGGCGCGGCGUUCCUGGCGGGCGCGGCCGUGGGCGGCGCGUCGGUGAACAUCUACAUGGUGAUCCUGGGGCGGGUGCUCCUGGGCGUCGGGCUCGGCUUCGCCAACCAGGCCGUGCCGCUGUACCUGUCGGAGAUGGCGCCGGCCCGGCUCCGCGGCGCGUUCAGCAACGGAUUCCAGCUCAGCGUCGGGAUCGGCGCGCUGGCGGCGAACGUGAUCAACUUCGGCACGGAGAAGAUCAGCGGCGGGUGGGGGUGGCGCGUGUCGCUGGCGCUCGCCGGGGUCCCCGCGGGGCUCCUCACCCUCGGCGCGCUGUUCCUCCCGGAGACGCCCAGCAGCCUGGUGCAGCAGGGCAAGGACCGCCGCGACGUGGCGCGGCUGCUGCAGAAAGUCCGCGGCGCCGGCGUCGACGUGGGCGACGAGCUGGACGACAUCGUCGCCGCGGCCGCGGCGGGUGAGGCGGCCGGGGCCGGAGGGGACGGCCUGCGUCGGCUCCUCGUCGAGCGGCGGUACCGUCCUCAGCUGGUGAUGGCGGUGGCGAUCCCUUUCUUCCAGCAGGUGACGGGGAUCAACGCGAUCGCGUUCUACGCGCCGGUGCUGCUGCGCACCAUCGGCAUGGGCGAGAGCGCGUCGCUGCUGUCGUCGGCAAUGGUGACGGGCGUCGUGGGCGUGGCUUCCACCUUCGCGUCCAUGCUCGCCGUGGACCGCUUCGGUCGCCGCACGCUGUUCCUAGCCGGCGGCGCGCAGAUGCUGGCGUCGCAGGUGCUGAUCGGCGCCAUCAUGGCCGCGGAGCUGCGGGACAGCGGCGGCGGCGGCGUGGGCAAAGGCUGGGCCGGGGUGCUCAUCCUGCUCAUCGCCGUGUACGUGGCCGGGUUCGGCUGGUCCUGGGGCCCGCUCGGGUGGCUGGUCCCGAGCGAGAUCUUCCCGCUGGAGGUGCGCGCCGCCGGGCAGAGCGUCACGGUGGCGGUGAGCUUCGCGUUCACCGUGUUCGUGGCGCAGGCGUUCCUGUCCAUGCUGUGCCACAUGAAGGCCGGCAUCUUCUUCUUCUUCGCCGCGUGGCUGGCUGUCAUGACCGCGUUCGUGUACCUCCUGCUGCCGGAGACGAAAGGGGUGCCCAUCGAGCAGGUGGGCAGGGUGUGGCGCGCGCACUGGUUCUGGAGCAGGGUCGUCGGCCCUGGCCCCGAUGCCGAUGAGGCGCGCGCCGGCGGGAAACUCUAGCGCGGAAGCAUAUGAUGCGCGCCUAUUCGUAGCAGAGAGGCCUCUGAAUUUGAAAAUGGAGGAAGGCCAAACAAGAUUGCCGGCCUCCGGGACUUUGAAGAAAUUAGACGAGAUUCGGUCAAGUUUUGUAAGCCUUCAUUCAUCUGAAAUUUGCAGGAUCACAAAUGCGUGCCUGAUGCCUGGCCGAAAGCCCGAAAGCCACGCCGAUCUGCAGGUGCAGGUCCCGAUCUCGCCUCUGGUUUAGUCCGGUACUGCUAAUCAUACGCAAAUCAAGACGCUCUUCACUUGGCUGAUAAUCUAUAACAUUACUGUUCAAAUAACUGAUUAGUCUCGCAAAUAAAGUAAAUUGUAUAAUUAGUUAUUUCAUUUAUUUAUAUUUAAUACUCCAUGUGCCGCAAGAUUCGAUGUGACCAGGAAUUUUUUUUGAAAACUAAACAAUACCAUAUAUGUAUUUUCCAUUCAUUUGUUUUGCAUUUGCAAUCCUAUUCAAUUUUUGUGUUUCUCUCGUUCCUACAUUUUUUCAAUCUUGCCUUUUUUUUUUCAUAUGGGACCUUCAGGUGAAUGACCCGUGCAUUUGUGUGUGGCUAGUAUAUGGUUUAAACUAUUUUCAUAAAAGUACUAUACGUGAACCAUGUUUGAUAAAUAUUCUAUAUAAAAUAACAGUAGUCAAAGCUAUCAAGACAUCAAUAAUUUUUUUUGGGAACCAAGACAUCAAGAAUUUUACGUAGAACCAGCUAGCGUACGUAGUGCAAGUGUCCGGUUACAGACCAUCGAUCGGUCAUUAUUAAAAA